AUGGCUAUGGUCGUGAUCAUGGAACGUUGUGGUCUGCAACUCAUCAAAUCCCGUCUGUGCCUCUCCAUCAUUCGCGAAGAAAUACGACGAGCGGCUCCUGGACUCCUCGUACAGUAUCCCGGCACCGUUGUUGGCCCGAAUGCUGGAAUUGUCAUUGGAAUCUUCGUCAAUGGCUGGAUGGUGGACACUUGA